AUGGUCUUUGGAAGGGCAAGAGUGGUGGUACCAACGGCCUGUCAUCGCUCGUGUCGGAUCGCAUUUUCAAAGAUUGACCAUGGCCGCCAAACCCAAGCCACUACGCUUGUGAAGGCGCCGCCCGCCAAGCGCUCGACGCGCAGCAGCGCCACCAACGUCUCGCCUGCAUCGGCUGCCCCGGCGCCCGAAACCAAGCCGACCCGCAAGGCCAAGACGACCAAGACAGCAACCAAGGCCAAGGCGGCGACAGCAUCGACCAAGGCGACGCCCGAGACACCCGAAACCACGUUGACGCCUGCCGCCAUCAAGGAAGAGGAAGACUUUCAGCGCAAGCUUGACGACCACUACAGCACGCGCUACGGCAGCGGAGCCAUCGUCGUCGGUGCCCACGACGUCAUGCUCAACCAGGUCGAAAUCAAGGCGACGACGUCCAAGAACAAGUUUUACCGCCUCCAGCUACUUUCGUACCCUGGCACGGAGCGCUACGAUGUCUGGACGCGCUGGGGUCGCGUCGGAGAGGACGGCGACUACAUGCUCUUGGCCAAAGGCGCGUCGUGGGACCUCGGUACGGCGACUGCGGCCUUUGAGAAAAAGUUCAAAGACAAAACCAAGAACGUGUGGGCCAACCGCGCGAGCUUUGGGCCCAAGAAGGGCAGCUACGAGAUCAUCGAGCUGGACGCCAAGGCGACCGCGGCGACCACCACGGGCAGUGUGGGCAGUGACACGGCACCGUCAUCACUGCCACUCCCCACGCAGCACCUUUUGCGCAUGAUCUUUGACACCAACAUGUUCAAGGACGCCUUGUCGCAAAUGAAUCUGGACCCGGCGCGCAUGCCGCUCGGCACAUUGAGCGCGUCGCAAAUCGCAAAGGGCGUCGCGAUCCUCGAGAGUCUCCAAGCGCGCACGGAUGGGUCGAUCGCCGAGCUCUCGUCCAAGUUUUACCAGCUCAUUCCACACGCCUUCAGUCGGUCGUCGAUCCCACCGCUGCUCAAGUCGCCCGACCAGAUCGCGGCCAAGUUUGAGAUGCUCUCGACGCUGCACGACAUUGUCGUGGCCCAAGACGUCCAGAAAGCAGCGUCCGCGUCUGCGCCAACAACGGCCGUGAACCAAAUCGACCUCAACUACGCCGAGCUCCACGCCGACAUUAGCCUCGUCGACGCAGCCAGCCCCGAGCACGCGACGCUGCUCGAGUACAUUGCGCAGACGCGGGGCGGCAACGGCAUGGACGUGGCGGGUAUCUGGGCCGUCAAGCGGUCCACGGAGGACGCUCGGUUUGCGCCGUUCCAAGACGUCGACAACCACCGCCUCUUGUGGCACGGCACCAACGUCGCUGUCGUCGCAGCGAUCCUCAAGUCGGGUCUGCGCAUCAUGCCGUCGUCGGGCGGGCGUGUCGGCAAGGGCAUCUACCUCGCCAACAUGCUCGCCAAGUCCCGCUCGUACGUCUCGCCGGCCAACUACAAUGGCGAGCGUCUCGGCUGCGUCUUCCUCGUCGAAGCUGCGCUCGGCCGCAUGCACGAGAUCACGCAGGAUGACUCGUCCUUGAAGCGCGCGCCGGACGGCUUCGACUCGGUCUUGGCCAAGGGCAAUGUGCACCCGGACCCGGCAUAUGACCGGACGCUCGACUUUGACGGACGCGCUGUCACCGUCAACUGCGGUCCGCAAGUCCAGUCGGAAGUGUCGUCGUCGUCGUUUUAUCACGACGAAUACCUCGUGUACCGAGAGGAGCAGCAGCGCCUUCGGUAUAUUGUCACAUUUAAAAUGUAAUUUAUCGGCUUGUCAAGUCGAAUUUUGUACUAGAA